AUGCCUGCCCGUGUAAUGGCUAAACAAAGAGUAGAGGUUAAUCGUGAGUUAAAAAAAGUCUCUUACGGUCAGCCAAAGCGUAAUGUUUUUCUCUUAAAAUUAAAAAAUGAAAAUGCGAUAAAAGAAAUAAAAAAAAUGGUUAUUGACUACACUGACCCCGAAAGCAAAUAUCCGCAAAAUCAAGUAAGCAGAAUAAUUGAAGAAUUGUUAGAAGAAACCAAAAAAUCUUUAAUAAAGGGUGAAGAAGUCCGUUUACAAGGUUAUUUCACUUUAAAAACUACGAUGACUACUCCCCGCCUGGCUAUGAACUUACAAACUGGCAAGAAGAUGAAAGUUCCCGCGAAAAGAGUUCCCAAGUGUAAGUUUAGUUUAGAACUCUUGGAUAGAAAUAGUAAUAAUUACCUUAUCUUAGAGUUGGAUAAUGGCGAGAGUAUUUUUGUCUUCUCUGAAGGUCAAGCCAUUAAUUUUACCGUGGAAGAAGGAAAUAAUGGUACUAAUUUAUUAGUGGAUUAUGAGAUUGAGGCGGAAAUGAAUUAA